UGACUAGCCAAGCAAGCACAAGCCUAGAUCAGACAAAUGUACUGAUUCCACCCAACAAACGAACAAUACAUAGCUAGAAGAUGGUCGAUCCAAUCCCAGAACGAGUAAAGAAGAUAUGGGAUCAUUGGAAUAUCAGAGGAGCUAUUAUGUUCAGUCUACUCUUGCAAACCCUUCUCAUAUUCUUCGCUCCUUUCAGGAAACGCACAUCAAGAAAGCUCAUAAUAAUGAUGAUAUGGUCCGGCUAUUUACUGGCCGACGCCACGGCUAACUUCGCCGUGGGACUUAUCUCCAAUAGCCAAAGCAGCUCUGAUUCAAAAUCCCCAUCUGAAAACGAUGAUCUCUUGGCUUUCUGGGCCCCAUUCCUCUUGCUUCAUCUUGGUGGGCCCGAUACCAUUACUGCAUUUUCUCUUGAAGAUAAUGAGCUUUGGCUGAGGCAUAUGCUUGCUCUUGUUUUCCAAGCUGUAGCUACUGGUUAUGUGUUUGUGCAGACACUUGGAAAUGGACAGAAUAAGGUAAUGGUUCCUACGUUUCUACUAUUUCUUGCUGGAAUUAUUAAGUAUCUGGAGCGUACCCGUUCUUUGUAUCUUGCUAGUAUGGAUAGAUUUCGUGAUUCUAUGCUUAAAGAACCUGACCCUGGUCCUAAUUAUGCUAAGUUAAUGGAGGAAUAUGCUUCAAAAAAACAAGCCAAACUUCCAACCCAGAUAAUUAUGAUACCAGAGCCUGAAAAAGGAAAUAAUGCCUCGCGGAUUACUGCUAAAUCUAUAAAAUUGGAUGAUCAAUUAGAAGUUGUGCAAAAAGCUUUUGGGUUCUUUAAAAUUUUCAGGGGUUUAGUUGUUGAUCUUAUCUUUAGCUUUAAAGAGAGAAAUGAUAGUAGAGAAUUCUUUAAUAAUGUAUCUGCUGAAGAUGCUUUGAGAGUAAUUGAGGCAGAGUUGAAUUUUAUUUAUGAAGUUUUGUUUACUAAAGUUGUUGUUGUUCAGUCUAAAUGGGGAUAUUUUUUUCGCACUGUUGCAUUUAGUUCAGUUGUUUCAGCUCUAGCUGUGUUUCAUUUUAGUGUUAAGAAGGAUAAAUUUAAUGGUUUUGAUGUUGGAGUUACAUAUGCUCUGUUGUUUGGUGCUAUUGGAUUGGAUACUAUUUCUUUGAUCAUGGCUCUUUUGUCGGAUUGGAGAGCAGCCGCUCUUAAAACAUCAGAUAUUAUAUCUGAGUCUUGUUGGGAAUAUGUCACUGCCUUCUUCAACAAUUUGGCAGUGGUGAUAUUCCGCAAAUUCCUAGUUAUCAAAAGGUCAAAGUGGUGUGCAUAUGAGAUAGAGCCUAAUGUCAAAUUUACAGUUCUCAUUACCCCCAUUUUCUUUCGUCGAUGGUCUGGCUAUGUCGCAGGCCAUAAUUUGAUAAGAUAUUGCCUCAAAGGAAGGCCAACCAGGAUUUGCAGAAUCAAGAAGCGGAUUUGCUGUAGUGCUGUUAUUCAAGAUUUUCAUGAAUCCUUGGCUAAUCGAACUGAGAAGAUUAUUCAAAUAAUACACGUGGAUAAACCAAUAGAGAAAUUUGUUAAUCUCAAAGAUAAAAUUAUUGAUUUCAUGGGCCUCAAGGACUUUGUAGAUGAGAUAACGUAUGUUUCAAGAGAACCAUUCACUAAAGAGCUUUGGGAAUUCAUUUUUAGUGAGUUGCAGAAGAAAUCUCUUUUUGCAGAUGAUCCUGAAAUGGCCAAGAGGAUAUGUUCAGCUAGAGGUGAUUGGGUUCUCCAGGAUAAUGUUUCUGAUAAAUACAAUGGCUUAAUGCCUUAUGUUUCAGAUGUUGCUUAUGAUCAAAGCCUUUUGUUGUGGCAUAUUGCUACUGAGCUCUUGUACAGCACUGAUAAAGAUACUUUGAAGAGUUACAGUCAUAGAGAAUUCAGUAAGAUCUUGUCAGAUUACAUGUUAUAUCUUUUGAUUAUGCAACCCACUAUCAUGGCAGCUGUGGCGGGUAUUGGUAAAAUAAGAUUUCGAGAUACUUGUGCUGAGGCUGACCGAUUCUUUAAAAGGAAGGAUUUAAGAUCCAACGAUGAAAAGAAUGCAUGUCAAAGCAUUCUUGAUGUGGAUACUGAGGUUAAGCCUAUUGCUGUCAAAGGAGACAGAAGCAAGUCAGUAUUAUUUGAUGGGAGUAUGUUGGCUAAAGAGCUGAAAAAGCUGAAGGAGAAAAAAUGGGAGAUAUUGAGUAAGGUGUGGGUGGAAUUGUUGUCAUAUGCUGCAAGUCAUUGCAGAGCAAAUGCUCAUGCUCAGCAAAUAAGUAAAGGUGGAGAGCUGCUUACUUUGGUUUGGCUAUUAAUGGCUCAUUUUGGAUUGGGGGAUCAGUUCCAAAUCAAUGAAGGUCAUGCAAGAGCAAAAUUAAUUGUGGGCAAGUAGCUUCACCAAGAUGUUGGUUUGAUGAUUUAGUUUGUGUGGGUUUUUGACUUCUCUUAAUUUCCAUUUUCCAUUACUGGUUUUAGGGAAGCAUCAGCAUUUGUAUUCAAUCUGGAAUUUGUCGUAGUUAUCUGUAUUCAAACUGAUCCAAAUAUGUUAUACUAAUUAGAUAGACUUGUACUUUCUAUUUCUGAGUUCUUUAAUUAACUUAUCAGAAUUUCCAGUGCA